AAUCGAGGUGUUAAUUAAGCUUCACAGAAGAAAAUGGAAAUGUUUAUAAAUUUGGACAAAGAAACAAACACAUGUUAUUAUAUAGAAACUGGAUGCAGUUCUACUUUGUAAAAUGUUGUGAUUUAAUUUGUAUACUUCUCGAGAAAAAAAAAUUCAAUGUAAAUGCGCAAGGAUUGACAUUACAUAUGUUAAAGAUAGCAUUCUUUUGAUAUGUUGCAGCUGUACAUUUUCCGCAACGAUGUCAAACACUGAUAUGUGUUGUAAAAAGUGAUACUUAGUUGGGCACUAAACAGACAUGCUAUAUGAUUGAUGAUAGGGUGUUAUCAUUAUCAGUCUUUUUUUCUCGAAUUCAUUAGUGGACAUAACUUGUUAAAGACUAGAAUUCUCUUGGAACAUUAAAUAAUUCUGUGUUACUCAACAGCAGUCUUCACAUAGAAAACUCGCUUGAACAUCCCGGGAACAAGUUUUUAUUUCCCGAAGAAUAAUAGACAUGUGUGUUACUUCAUGUUGUAUCUAAAAAAAAAAAAAAUGAAAUAGACUCGUCAUAUAUUUUCGAUGUUGUGUCAAAGAGCUAUAAGCGGGACGUCUAACCAAUAUAACAUCAGCAAAUAGAGGUACAACAAUAUUUUUAAAAAAAUCAACUCCGUGGCUCUCGCAAGUUCCUAAGACAUCACAAUGACAACAACAGACUCCCCACAUUGGAUGACAACCUUUCACACCCAAAAUGCUACAACACAGAGCACAGAAGGUAACUUAACGGAGCCAGAAGAGGAACUGACCACGGACGGCAUCAUAGUUCCUGUAAUUUGGGCGCUUUUGGUGAUCAUUGGGACAAUUGGAAACGGAAUAGUGAUAUAUAUACUGAGCAGGUAUGGCGAACGAACUGUGACCAAUAUAUAUGUGGUGAAUUUAGCCUUCUCGGACCUCACCUUCAUUGUGAUAGUGCUGCCCAUUACGGCCAUACAUUUCGUUAUACCCACGUACAUGUUCGGAGAAGUCGUUUGCAGAAUCAGCAUCUACCUUAUAUACGUUACCCUCCAUGCCACUUGUCUUACGCUGAUGGCGAUGACGAUAGAUCGCUACUUUGCCAUUGUCUUCCCCAUACAGUCUAUGAAUUGGCGGAACGCUCUAGUGGCCACAAUUGUCAGUGUAGCUGUCUGGAUAGUUUCCUGCCUUAUAUCUCUUCCAUACGUUCUCUUCACGAAGCUCGUGGAGGAAAAUGGAAUCAGCCUGUGUACGCAAGAAUGGCCAUUAGAAGGAAUGAACAAGGCCAUGACACUGGGCGUGGUUAUAACGUCAUACAUCCUGCCCCUUGGCGUCAUACUUGGCUGCUAUGGCAAAAUUCUCCAAUAUCUUUGGUGGGGAAGUAAAUUAAAGAAAAACGACCACGAGUGUAACGGGGCGCCUAUGUCAUUGAAAAGUAAAGCACAACAAAACCGGAAACGACGUGUAACGAGGAUGGUGGCAGUUGUUGUUCUACUCUUCGCCGCCUGCUGGCUUCCGAUACACGUUAUUACUUUGUGGAUGGCGUUUGAUCCAAAUUUUCCGUUAAUAGACCCCCUUCUUAUUUUCAAAAUAUUUUCCCAUACAUUGUCUUAUGCUAAUUCUUGUGUUAACCCGUUUGUGUAUGCAUUUUUAAACGAUGGAUUUCGAAAGGCAUUUCAGAGAAGGUUUCCAAGUUUUAGUCGAUGGUGCAGCUGUCUCUGCCGGAACCCCAAGGAAUGCCAAGAGACUAGUAUGAUAGACAAGGCCGUGGAGGCUAGACCUGGACUGGAGCAGUCUGAACUCCUUACAACCACCCAAACACUGUGAGUGUAACUCUAAUGAUCGACGGUGAGCAAUCGUGGAACUCUUGUACAUAUUUUGCAUAUUGUAUAUCGAUCAGGGCAUAGAAAGGCAUAUAUUUCUAAAAUAUAUAUAUACAUUAUUGUAUGACAUGCUAUGUAGAGCAUAAGUAUAACUAUAGAGACUAACAUAUAAAUUAUAGCUAACAAUUUAAUGAAUGUUGUUUGUGGAAUGACAACUAAUCUCUAUAAUAUUGAUAUUAGGAAAACUAAUUUGACAAAUCGGCAUUAAAUAUAUGCAUGGUCAUGUAUCGUUGAACCAUUGUAUUUGUCUUCAAUUACAGUAAGCGUGCGUGUACGUGAUGGACCUAUUGUUGUCGUUUAGACAACAAUCACUGCGAUAAACCACCAGGUAAACAUAGAUAUUAAUUUAGACUCAGACUCACUAUUUCAAUUUCCUAUUGCACCUGACGGCAUUUGAAAAUCGUGUCAACAGACCAUUCCACUAACUACUUUGUUCGGUAUGAUAUUAAACUUGGCACAAGGCAAAUAUGACCGACAUUGACCUGCGAUAUAUGAAGUAAUAUUAUCAUUUCUAUACCACAAGAUUCAUGUUCCAGAUAUUUGCGGCCAUCAGCUCUUAUAUCAUAAAACAUAUAUUGAUUCACGUUUACGCUGACCAUUGUGCAAUGCAUGUGUAAUAAUUUUGCAUUUGUUUUUUUAGAAAGACACUAGACUUUAUCAAAAAUUACGCUGUAUAAUUUAGCAUAAGGUAUGGCCGCAAACAUCUGAAACGUAGGUAAUGUCAUUUUUCUCCAUCACUGGCUGAGCAUCUAAAUAAUAACGUCAUGCGCAAAGCGUAAAUUCAUGCUUGAACAUUGUGUUAGAGAUGGUCUGUUGUGGAAAAUGCAUAGGAUGCAUUUUUUCUCUUUUUUUUUUUUUUUUUUUUGCAUGAGGUGACGUGUUGCGAAAUUUGCGUGUUCUUCCCGAUUGACAGCAUGUUAAAACAAAAAUUGUGUAAACCAUGUCACGCAAUCCGUAGAUUUUGUUAUGUAAAUACCACACUAUUGGGGUGUGAUGUGUACACAAAGUAAUUAAAUUUUAUUGAAAUUGUGUUUUAAACUCCUAUUUCAUCAUUUGUAGUACAGCAUGAUCAUAUUCUUUGACUCAGUGUUAUGAAAUACUGUUUGGAGCUGUGUGACAUGUUAAGGUGAGACUACUCAAAGUUUAAAAUCAUCCUUGAGAAUGCAAACCGCAGGACGGAUUGUAGAUUGUAGGAUGAUAGAUUUUUUUUCAUAACUGUAUUUUGUUAAUCCAUUUAAACUUAUGUUUAAUAACGAAACAAAUUUCUUGUACAUAUUCAAAAAUGUUCAUGUUCACUUAAGUUGACUUUUGUUUGUCAAUAACUGGAAUUAUACUGCACUAUGUAUUAAAAUUAAUUGUGUGCAAACAUGUCAGUUUCCUCAGAUAUUUGAUUAAAUUGUUGUGAUCAAACACAGACCUGAUACAUGUUUCGUGUUAUUUUGUACAGUUUUCUGUUUUUGAGGGAUUAACAAAUGGUAAGGAUGAAAUUAAUAUAAUUCCAAGAUCAAUUUAUAAACAAUUCUUUUCUAUUUCAAAAUUCAAUUACUCAAAACGGUUUUCCUCAUUUAUAAAUUGAAUUAAUGAUCUGUGUUACGUUCUAUAUGCUCGGGCACUCCACAACUUUGGAACGUGUUACAAAGAAUAGUGUAUUACAAUUAAAAGAUAUUUAUUUUUCUAUCAUUAUUUUUAAUUACCAAAGUAGUGUUAUGUGAUAUGUUUGUUUUAUUGAUAUACAUUGUCCUUAUUAC